AUGUACGCGAAGAUUGAGAGCGAACGACUACGAUACUUACGAUAUAAUCAACAAAAGCUGCGCGCGGAAGAGUACAUUCAUUUGCGAGACGCUAUCAACAACAACGCCGACGUCGCCGAAAUUGGUAACCAUGUCAUUUUACCAUCAUCGUACGUAGGCAGUCCACGUCAUAUGCAAGAAUAUAUACCGGAUGCUCUGACUUUCCAAAAGCGAGGAUUACCUCAUGCACACAUUUUGGUUUGGUUCAUCGACAAAAUCCGUCCUGAAGAAAUCGAUAGUAUCAUUUCUGCGGAAAUUCCAGAUCCAUCCACUGACCAACUGCUGUUUGAUAUUGUUACAACAAACAUGAUUCAUGGUCCAUGUGGUACUCUUAAUAGUUCAUCGCCUUGCAUGGCUGAUGGAAAAUGUACUAAAAAUUUCCCUAAAGAUUUUACCAAUGAUACGGUCACAAAUGUCGACGGAUACCCAAUAUAUCGUCGAAGAAAUCCUGAAAAUGGCGGACAAUCAUUUAUUAAAAAUAUCAUCAACACAGACAUUGAUAUUGACAAUCGUUGGGUGGUGCCAUAUUCGCCUCUGCUGAGCAAGACAUAUAAUGCUCAUAUUAAUGUUGAGUUCUGCAGUUCUGUGAAGAGCAUCAAAUACAUUUGCAAGUAUGUCCAUAAAGGCAGUGAUAUGGCUGUGUUUAGAGUGGAAAAUACUAAUGUGAAUGCUCCUCCAGUGAAUAAAAACGAUGAAAUAACGCUCUACCAAAUUGGUAGGUACAUCAGCUCCAAUGAAGCUGCUUGGCGUAUCUUUGGUUUUCCAAUUCAUGAACGGGAUCCAGCAGUUGUUCAGUUAGCUAUCCAUCUUGAAAACGGUCAGCGUGUAUUUUUCACGAACGAGACAGCGAUUGAUCGUGCAAUAAAUCCACCUAAAACUACACUCACUGCAUUUUUUGAAUUGUGUAAUCGUGCGGAUGAUUUUGGUGCCUUUGCACGAACAUUACUCUAUUCACAAGUACCACGCUAUUUCACAUGGACUCAAACAAAAACAUGGAUGCCCCGCAAGCAAGGCUCACCAGUUGCUGCAUAUAUACGUAAAGUGAAUGGGCAACAAUAUCCAACGUAUAAAGAUGCAUGCCUUUCACUCUGCUUCCUGGAAGACGACAACCAGUGGGAAUGCAUGCUUGCUGAAGCUGCAUUGAACUGUACAGCAAUACAAAUUCGUCUACUAUUCGCUAUAGUUUUGACUACAUGUUUCCCAGCCCGAGCACAGAUAUUAUGGGAAAAUCACAAAGAUUCAAUGACUGAUGAUAUAUUGCAUCAACAUCGUAUACGGUGCCACGAUCUAACCAUAACAUUCAGCGACGAAAUGUACAAUGAAGCAUUGAUUGCUAUUGAGGAUCUUUGCAUUGUCAUUGCCAACGUACCACUUAGUAAUUUCGGUAUGAAUUCGCCAAAUCGAACUGCAUCUGAUUUAAUGAAUACUGAAAUGAAUCGUGAACUGCAGUACAGUACUGUAGAAAUAGCAGCGAUUGUUGCCCGCAAUGUCCCACUAAUGAAUGAGGAACAAAGAACCAUUUAUGAUCGCAUUAUGCUCGCAGUUUCAGCUGGACAAGGUGGGUUCUUCUUUUUGGAAGCACCGGGUGGAACUGGCAAAACAUUCGUUAUUUCGCUAAUUCUUGCUGAAAUACGAUCAAAUAAUGGCAUCGCAUUGGCCGUUGCAUCAUCGGGCAUUACAGCAACUUUAUUGGAUGGAGGUAGAACAGCUCAUUCAGUAUUUAAGCUGCCACUAAAUAUUCAGAAUAACCCUGACGCAGUAUGCAACAUUAAGAAACAAUCAUCCAUGGCCACUGUGCUGAAACGGUGUAAAAUUAUUAUUUGCGAUGAAUAUACUAUGGCACACAAACAUUCACUUGAGGCGUUGAACAGGACAUUGAAAGAUAUUAAAAACAGUGACAAACUAUUUGGCGGAACUCUGUUGGUCCUUUCAGGUGAUUUCAGACAAACACUUCCAGUCAUUCCACGUUCAACAUACGCUGAUGAGAUCAACGCUUGCUUAAAAUCAUCUCCAUUGUGGCCUUCGUCAUUAAUCUUUAAUGAAGAACCUUAUGCAAUAUUAAAGUUUGAUAUUGCUUCGUUUAACUGUAAUUAA